AGUAAAUGGUAAUCUUGUGACACAAAUCUGACGCCACAGCAAAAAAAGGGGUUCUUUUGAUGUUUUUACAACCGUGAAUUCAACCAGGAUGCCUUCGACGAUGAAAAAGAAGGUGCUGUUGAUGGGGAAGAGUGGCUCAGGGAAGACCAGUAUGAGGUCCAUUAUAUUUGCCAACUAUAUCGCCAGAGACACAAGGAGGUUGGGGGCCACAAUUGAUGUAGAACAUUCUCAUGUCAGAUUCCUGGGUAACCUGGUGUUGAACCUGUGGGAUUGUGGAGGACAAGAGGCCUUCAUGGAGAACUACUUUGCUAGCCAGCGUGACAACAUAUUCCGCAAUGUAGAAGUUUUAAUAUACGUCUUUGACGUGGAGAGCCGGGAACUAGAAAAAGACAUGCACUAUUACCAGUCCUGCUUGGAGGCCAUAUUGCAGAAUUCUCCAGAUGCCAAAGUUUUCUGUCUAGUACACAAAAUGGACUUAGUACAAGAGGACCAAAGGGAAUUGAUAUUCAGAGAAAGAGAAGAAGAUUUAAAAAGACUGUCAAAGCCACUAGAGUGUACGUGCUUUGCUACUUCCAUUUGGGAUGAAACAUUGUAUAAGGCCUGGUCAUGUAUAGUGUACAUGUUAAUCCCUAAUGUCCAACAACUAGAGACCAACCUCACCCAUUUUGCCAACAUCAUCGACGCAGAUGAGGUCCUGUUAUUUGAGAGAGCCACCUUUCUGGUGAGAUAG